AUGGCUGCGGAGUUGAGGCGCGUCUCGGAACCCCUGUUUUUCCAUUCCCAGACGCAAACGAGACUCCCACCGCACAUUCGGGGACGGAAUGCAAGGCGCUCAGCGACGGCAAAAGCUGGGAACUUGGCAUCGGUGGUUCUAACCGCUGCGUCUGCGGUUCGGCUUGGGUUCGAACGACAAGGUCACGUCCCGAUUCGGUGGGCGAAAUUUGAGGAAUUCGUAACACGGGCUGUUAAGGAUGAAAAUCUGUCUCAUCUGAACGCAGAGGACUCGGAGGCCAUCAACUUCAGAACAAGACUUGAACGAGCUUUCAUCGAUUCAGGGGCGGCAGAAUUGACCAAAACGCUGAAACGAGAGUUCAAAAUUUACAACUAUGAUGUCACAUUCUCUUCAAACCUCAAUGCACAGAGGGCGUUAGCAGACCUGCGCAAUCCAACAGAAUGGUACCCAGCUGCUCGCAGCCUGCAUCGCACUAUCCAUCUUCACGUCGGCCCGACCAACUCGGGCAAAACCUAUCGUGCAUUAAAACGACUCGAAACGGCCAAGACUGGAUUUUAUGCCGGGCCCCUGAGGCUUCUCGCUCAUGAAAUCUAUACUCGUCUCAAUGCAAAAGGGAUACCAUGUGGCCUCGUAACUGGUGAUGAGGUUAGGAUCUCACAGGAUCAAGUUCCGGGAAUAUUCAGCAAUACCGUCGAAAUGGUUCCUUUAGGGCAAGAUGUUGAAGUCGGGGUUAUUGACGAAAUCCAAAUGAUUGCGGACCCUCAUAGAGGUUGGGCUUGGACACGGGCAUUGCUAGGCGCGCGGGCCCACGAGCUGCAUCUUUGUGGAGAAGAAAGGGUUGUACCACUGAUUCGCGAUUUAGCUGGCUUGAUGGGGGAUAAGCUUGAGAUUCAUCACUACGAGCGGCUCAACCCAUUGAAAGCCAUGAAUAGAAGUCUGAAGGGGAACUUAUCAAAUCUUCAAAAAGGGGAUUGCGUCGUUGCGUUUUCCCGUAUCGGCAUUCAUGGCUUGAAACAAGAUAUCGAAAAGGCAACUGGGCGGAGGGCUGCCAUUGUUUACGGCAGCUUACCCGCGGAAAUUCGGUCACAGCAAGCAGACUUAUUUAACGAUCCGAACAACGACUACGAUUUUCUUGUUGCCAGUGAUGCUAUUGGCAUGGGCCUUAACUUGAGCUGCAAACGAAUUAUUUUCGAGUCGGUGGUACGAAAAUUACCAACAGGGUUGACUCGGCUUUCCGUAUCGCAGGUUAAACAAAUUGGAGGUCGUGCCGGUCGAUAUCGUUCAGCAACAGAUUCGAGGAACGUAAAAGGGUCCAGAGUAGCCGACUCAGCCAAGAACGCAGAGACAAAUGUUGGAUUUGUGACCUCCCUCGAAGAUGUGGACCUCCCUUACAUUCGGAAAGCCUUGAACACCGAACCAGAGCCAAUCCUAUCCGCUGGGUUGUUACCUCCAGAUUAUAUUAUUAAAGGCUUUUCAGAGCACUUCCCGGCUAACACUCCCUUCGCAUAUAUCCUACAACGCUUGCACAACAUAGCGCAAGUGGAUCCCAACUUUUUCCUUAACGAUUGCCAAAGCCAUGCUGAGGCUGCAGAAGCAAUUGACAGCGUAAAAGGGCUUAGCAUGGAUGACAAACUCGUUUUUCUCUCGGCGCCAACUCACAUGAGAGAUCCUCAGAUGAGUACUAUUUUCAAGGAAUUUGUGCGCUGUGUGGCGGAGAAUAGGAGCGGCGACCUUCUCGAAAUUGGCGACUUGCCCAUUGAUAUUCUUGAUAAACCAGUUUCAGGCGACAAAAGCUAUCUCGCCACUCUUGAAACCCUACAUCGAUCCCUAGUCCUCUACCUUUGGUUAAGCUACAGAUGCGGAGGCGUUUUUACCAACCGAGCGCUUGCUACCCAUGUCAAAGCGUUAACUGAAAUAAAAAUGGAUAGAGCCUUGACUGAAUUUUCGGCAAAUCGACAACUACGGAAAGCUACUUCGCUUAGGAGACUAUAUGCUUUGAAACUUCAGACGGAAAUGCGGGAAAAAGCAUUUGCUGAUGAAUCUGAAGGCGUGGAUAUCGAUCUCGAAAACAUUCCGGCAGCAGAAGUGUGGGAUGAUAUGCCCAAACAGAAAGAAUUAUUGGGAGCUUCGUCUGCGAUUUCCUAG